UGCAAGGAAAUCAACUUUACUCAUUCUAGUGCAUGAUGAGGAUAUUGAACCCUUUUAAAAUGACUUUUCAUAGCUAAUUUCAGUGGCGCUAGUAAGUUCAUUGGCGUCACUACGAGUUUGAUGACUUGGCUUGGAGCGCAAGAAUACUGCAGACGCUAUCACACAGACCUGGCCAGUGCACUUAACAGCACCGACAGCAACUACUUAUGGAACUUGAGGGAUAUUCAGGGCGAUUCCUGGAUCGGAUUAUACAGGGACACUUGGAAGUGGUCAGACGGGACCAGUGCUUCAAACCUCCAGUGGGCUUCAGGACAACCCGAUAAUUACUUUGGCAACGAGAACUGUGCAGUGGUCUAUGAUGGACUGUUUAGUGAUGAAAGCUGCACCAAACUCUUCUACUUCUUCUGUCAAACCAAUCAAGCAGAAACUGGAGGAAAAGGGCAUGUUGGAGAACACUACCGUCAAGUGGAGGGUGCAAAAAGACAGAAAGGUCUUUCGCAAGAAAAAGAAGGAUGACCUGUGACCUCUACCUGCUUACAGUGAUGUCAAGUAGCUCAUGCAGGCAGACCUACAUUUUAAUGAACCAAAACGUUUAAACUUUAAAUCAGUAGAGGGGAAUCAAACUCCAGGGUUUGCCCCAACUAGAGGAAUAAACAUAGAAUUUCACUGGAGUGCAUUUAACACGCCGUCUUUCAUUUCACCGCCUCAACUGUACAUCCAGUUUGGUAUUUUUAUGCCAGAUAUUUCAUACAUAACGUCGCUACACGUGGCACAGGGAUGAGGAGAAAGUCAAAGACGGUGUGUUAAAUUACUGUAACGUAGGGUUUAAUGUAACAUUAUAGAAGAACAUUAUAUAUAUAUAUAUAGAAUAAACAUCAUAAAUUGUUUCUCAACUUUGUGUGCCUUAGUAUGCGUUCCACUAUUACGGGAUUUUUAUCCUUAUGUAUCUUGUUUCUUCGUAGUUAUAAAUAUAUACUACUCUCUAUCAUUGUAUUUUGUUCCAAUUUCCAUGUACACAAAGCUCUGCCGCUAACUAGAGUUAUCAUUAGCACGAACUGUCAACUUUCAACGUAAUAA